GCGAAGCCCCGGUGGUGAAGAAGGCGACGCGCUCGGCGUCUUGGCUGGAGAUCUUGGGCCUCAAGGGCAACUUCAGCCACUUGAACUUCAAGGACCCCUUCAACGUGAAGAAGCUUGGUUCCAGCUACACCACCGAAAUCCGUGCCGGCUUGACCACUUUCCUGGCCAUGGCAUACAUUCUCCCGGUGAACAGCGGCAUGCUUAGCCUCGCGGUGCCCGACAUGAAG